GACCUGCUCUGUGUCUGUCUUUGUCCUCAUAAGAGCAGUGGAAAUUUCCAUUCGCUCUAUUCGUUGCUUCAUUAGCUAAGGUCCAGAACGGUGGGGACGAAUUACACUUUAAAGGGUCGAAACUGUUCUAAACGCUAUAAAGGACAAUCAUUUGGACACUAUUUGUCAGUUUAACUGCAAACUCUUGAAUCUACAUCGCUUCAUCUCCUGUCUUCACCUGCGACAUUAAUCGUCAGCAUGUCUCAGCAGCAGAUCAGCCUCCCAGCCAAGCUCAUUAAUGGUGGCAUUGCUGGCAUUGUCGGGGUCACAUGUGUCUUCCCCAUUGACUUGGCAAAGACUAGGCUGCAGAACCAGAGAAGUGGGCAGCAAGUCUACAAGAGCAUGAUGGACUGCCUGGUCAAGACUCUCCGAUCAGAGGGAUACUUUGGAAUGUACAGAGGUGCAGCUGUAAAUUUGACUUUGGUUACCCCAGAGAAGGCCAUCAAGCUGGCAGCUAAUGACUUCUUCCGCCAUCACCUUUCCAAAGACGGAAAGGGGUUGACAGUUUUCAAAGAAAUGCUGGCUGGCUGUGGUGCAGGCAUGUGCCAGGUGAUUAUUACAACCCCAAUGGAAAUGCUGAAGAUCCAGUUACAGGAUGCAGGCAGGCUUGCAGCCCAACAAAAGAAACCAGUCAUGAUGUCUCCCACAAAGCUCGUGGUAUCAAACACGGUGCUCAGUCGCUCGUACAACUCCGGCCCCGUGGUGUCCGCUGCAAGAGCCGUGUCGGCCACGCAGAUCGCAAAGGAACUCCUACAAACACAGGGUAUCCCUGGCCUCUACAGAGGUCUGGGGGCAACACUGAUGAGAGAUGUGCCCUUUUCUAUUAUUUACUUCCCGUUGUUUGCCAACCUAAACCGCCUGGGCAAACCCGGUCCUGAUCAGUCAUCACCCUUCUACUGGGCCUUCCUCUCUGGCUGUGUUGCAGGGUCUACUGCUGCGGUUGCUGUUAACCCUUGUGACGUGGUGAAGACCAGAAUGCAGUCCCUCAACAAAGGGCCAAGUGAGGAGAGUUACGACGGAGUUAUGGAUUGUGUGAGUAAAAUCAUGCGGAAAGAGGGGCCCACUGGCUUCCUGAAGGGUGCCGGCUGCCGGGCUCUGGUCAUUGCACCUCUGUUUGGAAUUGCACAGGUCAUGUAUUUCGUCGGCGUUGGUGAAUAUAUCUUGGACAACUUUUCCCCAAGUUUCCUGUCGGUCUGAGCUGUACAGGCAGGCUACCUAAACACAGGACCUGGUGGAGCUACUGGCAGCUACAUACAAUCAGUUUACAGCAACAACAAAAAAAGAGAGCUCCUGACUCAGAAGGUUUAAUCAUCUACAUAGUUUUAACAGCUGUGUUGCACUUGCACACAUUUGUGACUUUUGAAGCCGACUGAGCCCAUUGUUUGCACUUGAAUCUGUUGGCCUUUUAAAAGUUGUGGACUCUGAAUUAGUUUUCAUCUGUCAGACUCUCAAAAUAUUCAUGUCCACAUUCCCUCUAUGAGGGAGCGGAACCCACUGAGACUUAUUUUUGUGUUUUAAUGUUUCAAAUUUUGUAUCUUCAUAUUUUUGUUAAUAGGAUAUCUUGUAAUUAUUUCAUAUAAAUAUAUUUUCCUGCCUAAUUUCCAUUGAUGUCUCAUCACACAGAGACUUGAAGUUAGAAAUAGGAUUUGUGGUGGCUGAAUAUAUUUCAGCCACCACUUUAAUUUUUUUACACGUUUUACAUUCUGCUGUUAACAUUUCAUUUAGCUGUUUCAAUGGACUAAUCUUGAGCCUUCCUACUGGUGUGGGACCAUACAGGUCACCGGACCAUAAAAUGCAUCCUCAUAUACACUUCAUCGUCCUGUUGAUAUUAAAGGUCAGUUGUUUGUGUCUUCAUUACAAAGCUUGACUUUGUGCAUAUCCUGUUUGUCUACCUAAUCUAACUUCAGAUAUAUACAGGCCUGUUUUUUUGUUUCUGGAUUAUGUUGUAAUAGAGCAGAACUAAAUGAUAGUUCUAUGAGGCAGCAUUGACUUGAACAUUAAUACUGUGAGAAAUGACUGUUACAUUCUGUCAAUGUGAUGGCUUUUUGUACACACUAUAUCCAUUAAAUCUUUCCUUUUCAUUUA